CUUCUCGGGAACUUUUGAACUUUUUUUUUGCGACAAAGUGAAAAGAAGCGAUUACUCGAUUCUGGAGCUUGAGUUAAGCGCAAAGUCAUUGAAAACAGCACGUCAAAAUGUCACGAAAAGCUGUUGACUCGCGCAUUCUUACGCUCAUCCAAAAUAACCUUGCCGAACACAAGCGAAGCUUCUUCGUUGUCGUAGGCGACCAGUCCAAAGAUGUUAUCGUCAAACUACAUUAUAUAAUGUCCAGUAGGGACCUGCGCCAAAACAAAUCUGUACUAUGGGCAUACAAAAACAAGCUUCUCGGCUUCACCAGUCAUCGAAAGAAGAGGGAGGCCAAGAUCAAGAACCAGAUCAAACGCGGAAUCCGAGAGGCCAACAACGAAGAUCCCUUUGAGCUCUUCGUUUCGCUUCACGAUGUCAGAUAUGUCUACUAUAAAGAGACCGACAAGAUUCUUGGCAGGACCUUUGGCAUGUGCAUUCUGCAAGAUUUCGAAGCCCUCACUCCGAAUACUCUGGCCCGCACCAUCGAGACCGUUGAGGGAGGAGGUUUGGUUGUUCUUCUUCUGAAAGGAAUGGAUAGUCUGAGGCAGCUCUAUUCACUUUCCAUGGAUGUACAUUCACGCUACCGGACUGAAGCCCAUCACGAUGUUGUAGCGAGGUUCAAUGAACGCUUCUUGCUCUCCCUAGGCCGAUGUGAAUCUUGCCUUGUCAUAGACGACGAGCUGAAUGUCUUACCUAUAUCUGGGGGCAGGGGGGUGAAGCCUUUGCCACCUGUCGAAGAAUCCAAGUCCGCCGAGGAGAUAGCAUUGGAGAAAAUUAAGGAGUCGCUCCGGGACACACAGCCCAUAGGCUCAUUGGUUCAACUUGCAAAGACAAAGGAUCAAGCUGAUGCUCUGGUCACAUUCGUGGAGGCCAUAGCUGCAAAGACACUACGGAAUACUGUCUCAUUAACUGCGGCACGUGGUCGUGGUAAAUCAGCAGCGCUGGGCGUUGCGAUCGCGGCUGCUGUGUCUUACGGAUACAGCAACAUUUUUGUCACAUCUCCUUCCCCUGAAAACUUGGGCACUUUGUUCGAAUUUGUUUUCAAAGCUUUCGAUGCUCUAAACUAUCAAGACCACACAGAUUACUCUAUCAUACAAUCUACGAACCCGGAGUUCAAGAAAGCAAUUGUUAGAGUAAACAUUUUCCGGAAUCAUCGACAGACCAUUCAGUACAUACGACCUCAAGACGCCCAUGUCCUGGGUCAGGCCGAGCUAGUGAUUAUUGAUGAAGCGGCAGCAAUCCCACUACCACUGGUGCGAAAGCUCCUGGGGCCUUACACCGUGUUCAUGGCUUCAACGAUCAGCGGUUAUGAAGGUACUGGGCGAUCGUUAUCAUUAAAGCUAAUAAAACAACUAAAAGAGCAGGCCGCGACUAGUGUGGUUCAGGAGGGAGAAACCCGAAGCGCACGAUCGCUAAAAGAAGUCACCCUAGCAGAGCCGAUCCGUUAUGGAAAAGGAGAUGCUGUUGAGAAGUGGCUCAAUGCACUACUUUGCCUGGAUGUGACCCCGUCAAAGCCCAAAAACAACAUUUUCCCCGAUCCUUCACAAUGUCAACUCUUACAUGUCAACCGUGACACCCUCUUCUCCUUCCAUCCGGUACCAGAAAGAUUCCUACGACAAAUGAUAGCUCUUUUCGUGACUAGCCACUACAAGAAUUCCCCUGACGACCUUCAACUUUUGAGCGAUGCCCCGGCGCAUGAGCUCUUCGUGUUAACCUCCACAACCAUUCAAGAAAAUGGACUCCCUGAGCCUUUGUGUGUCGUUCAAAUUGCGCUUGAAGGAAACAUUAGCAAGAAAAGUGUCAUGGCUGGUCUAGACCGAGGCCAACGGCCUGCCGGUGACUUGAUUCCUUGGCUAGUCAGUCAGCAGUUCCAGGACGAUUUUGCUUCUCUUUCUGGAGCUCGCAUUGUUCGAAUAGCAACCCACCCAGACUGCGUUUCCAUGGGCUAUGGAUCAAAGGCACUUGAACUCCUAACCGACUACUACGAAGGGAAAUUCAUUAAUCUGGGAGAGCAAAACGAUUCCUCUGUCAAGGAGACAGCUAGUCGGAUUAUAGAUACUGUGCCAACUAGAAACGACCUCCUUAACGAAGACAUCACCGUUCGGGAUAUUGAAAAGAUGGAACCUCUUUUCUCAAGGUUAGCAGAACGCAAGGCAGAAGACUUGGAGUAUGUCGGUGUCAGCUAUGGCUUAACUCAACCUCUUCAUAAGUUCUGGACGCGCGCCGCAUUUACACCAGUCUACUUGCGACAAACCGCCAAUGAUUUAACAGGGGAGCACACGUGUGUCAUGCUUAGACCGUUAAAGGAGGAUCGAGAAUGGCUUGGAGCGUUUGCUGCUGAUUUCCAUCGCCGUUUUCUCGCUCUGCUCUCCUACAAGUUCCGCGACUUCCCCUGUGUCCUGGCCUUAAGUAUAGACCAGUCUGCCACAGCGGGCGCCCAGCUGGACCCAACAAACCAGCUCCCCGAACUCACCAAAUCGGAAUUAGACAGAACCAUGACACCUUUUGAUUGUAAAAGACUCGAGUCUUAUGCCAGAGGUGUCCUAGACCACCACGCUAUUCUCGAUCUCGUUCCUAAACUAGCCGAUCUUUACUUCACAGGUCCUCUGAAAUCGAGCAUAAAGCUCACAGGCGUACAGCGGGCCCUCUUGUUAGGAAUCGGAUUGCAGCGAAAGGACGUGGGUGCCAUAUGUACAGAACUCUCCCUCGAGUCCUCACAAGGCCUAGCCAUGUUUAUGAAGAUCAUACGGAAAAUAACAUCGCACUUCUCGUCCCUAAUUUCAUCAGCCGUGGAGGCCGACAUGCCGAAGUCAGACGUGCUUGGUGUUAGCAGAGAAAAUGCUGCUGGUGUCCAUGAGGAUGAAGUGGUAGACGACAAGUAUGCGCCGUUAGAAACAAGCUUAGAUGCCGAACUAGAUGAGGCUGGUGAUGAGGCAUUAAAGGAGCUACGGGCAAAACAAAGGGAGCUUAUUGAUUCCCUUCCUCUCGACCAGUACGAAAUCGAGGGCGACGCUCCCGGGUGGGAAGAUGCCGAGAAGCAGGUUGCAAGAGCCACCAAGAAGGGCCAGUCCAACCCCGUCGUGAGUGUAAAGUCUAAGCAAGGCAAGCGGAAAGCCGUGACGACGGCGGCGGAGGUCUACGAGGAGGCUUUCGGGGAUAAGAAGAGUAAGAAGGCUAAGAAGUCCAGGAGAGACUAAAAUAAUGACUACCUACCUAGGUAGUAGGGUGUGUACCUAAGUAAGAUAUAUGAGAACAGGGCCAUCGGCGGACUUGGGAAAAGGUUCGCUCUGUAUAUAACGGCGUCGUGAAUGAUACCAGAUCUUGAGCUCACAGUACCUAAUUAUGCAAAAUUACAAA